GUCUAAAUUCGACCACGUUGUCUGUUUAAGCGCCGGCAACGUCGAUUUCUGCUCGUCUCGGGCUUGUCUACCCCUGAGCUGAGGGAAAACAUUCAUCGGGUUUCUGUUAGCAGUGUCGUCGUCAAGAAACGACGCUCACAAUCGCACACUCACUCGCACACUCACUCACUCACUCGUUUACUCAUCAGCUCACUCACUCGCAAAUUCACUCACUCACUCCCUCGCUCACAGCCUCGCUCUCACCCUCGCUCUCACUGACCGCCUCACUCACCGACUCGACUCGCUCACGCAUGCACUGAACCAUCGCCGACUCACACCCAACGGAGACGACAGACGGGCCAUGGGGGCCACCGGCGAUGGCUACCCACUGAGGGAGCGCCCGUUCAAAGACAGUGAGGACGACGACGCCGACGACAAGUACGCGCCGCGCCGCAGCAUCGACGAAGAGGCUCAGUUCCUCGCCGAGGACGACGACAAGGAGGAUGACGACAACGACGACGACGACGCGUACGAGCUCGAGGAGAGCAACUCCAGUACGCCCUCGCUGCUCUCCCAGCAAAAGUUUCCUCACACGCCCCAGGGCCGACGGCAACGACAACGACAACGACGCCACUGCCUCUCCGGCCCGCAACCGCCGCGGACGCACGUCAUCCGGCCCGUGUUCCCCGUCGUCCAGUCGGCGCCGCCGCGGCUGCUCGACCUCGUGGCGCCGACGACGCGCCGCAAGGGCGUCGUCGUCGCCGUCUUCCUCGCGCUCUGGGCCGUCGCUUUCUCGGUGCCGCUGGCCUCGUCGCGCGCCCUCAAGGACGACCUCGGCCGCGACGUGCUCAACCUCGGCUGCGCCGACUCGCUGUGGCGCUUCAAGAACGGCUGCGGCCUCGACGGCGCCGACUGCCGCCCGUUCAACAACGCGAGCUUCACGUUCCGGUGCCCGGCGAACUGCAUGGCGCACCAGCUGCUGAACCCGCACGCUGUCGGGCCCAAGGAGGUUGUGUACCGGCCGCUGGUCGUGGGCGGUGGUGGUGGCAACGGAAGUGAUGCUGAUGUUAAUGCUAACGCUGACGGCGGCAUCUACCGCGCCGACUCGAUGAUCUGCGCCUCGGCGAUCCACGCCGGCAUUGUGACGGACCUCAGCGGCGGGUGCGGCCGCCUCGACCGCGUCGGCCAGCACGAGAGGUUCAACGCGUCGACGAGGAACGGCGUCGAGACGGUCGCCUUCGACUCGUACUUCCCAUCCUCCUUUACCCUGGCCGCCGCCGACCCCUCGCUCCGGUGCCCGGCGUCCGACCCGCGCGAGGCCCUCCUCCCGACGUCGCUCUUCUUUUCGACGCUCUUCUCGCUCUUCACGACGUCGCCGGCCUGGCAGCUGGCCGUCUCCUUCGUCGGCAUCUUCGCCCACGUCAGCUUCGCCUCCGAUCCGCCCCCGGCCUCGCGCCACGCCGCCUCCGUCCUGCCGGACCGCAUCUCCAUGUUCGCCGGCCGCCUCCUCCCGGCCGCCUUCUGCGCCGCCGUUCUCUACCGCCUCUGCGUCCGCCGCACCCUCGCCGGCCUCACGGCGCAGUUCGAGAAGACGGCCCUCUGGCUCGGCGGCUUCUGGUUCGGCGCGCUGUCCAACUACACCUUUGGCUGGAUGCCGAUCCAGCGCCUCACGGCCCACGACAUUGAGCAGCAGCCCGGCGCGAAGCCCGCGCUGGCGUUUAUCCUCAUCGUGCUGACCUUCAUCAUGGCCAAGCAGGUCUACUUCUUCUGGCUCGAGGGCCGCCUGCCGCGCUUCCUCGCCCUCUACGCCCUCUUUCUCGCCGCCAUCGUCGCGGGGCUCUCGGUGCCGGGCGUCGACCUGCGCGUGCACCACUACAUCAUGGCCUUCCUGCUGCUGCCGGGCACGAGCAUGCAGACGCGCUCCUCGCUCUUCUACCAGGGCAUGCUGCUGGGGCUCUUCGUCAACGGCAUCGCCCGCUGGGGGUUCGACUCGGUCCUCCAGACGCCCGACGACCUGCGCGAGGACGGCGCCUUCGGGUCCCUGCUCCCGGAGAUCACCACGCCCAUCAUCUCGUCCGGCUCGUUCGAGCCCAGCAUCAGCUUCAGCUGGGUGCUGCCGACCGACGCCAACGCCGUCGCCGCCGCCGGGUUCGACGGCAUCAGCGCACUGGUCAACGAUGUCGAGCGGUUCCGGUACUACUUCGCCGACGGGGCGGACGACAACGUCUUCAUCUGGAUGCGCAAGGCCAGGAUGGCGCUGCCCGAGUAUUUCCGGUUCGCGUACAUCAAGGACGGCGUCACGCUGGACUACACGCAGGCCGGGACGUGGUUCGCCAAUGGCACAUGGGCGAUGGCGCCCUCGCAUUAGAAAAGGUGGGUGAUGGGUGAUGGGUGAUGGGGGGAGGAAAGGGGAGAUGGAAUGGUUUGAGUUGUCUAUAGACGCAUUGGGAGGACGGGAAUAGAAUUGAGGCUGGCUUACAAGCAUAUCGGGGAGACAUACACGGCGUUGGAAUCUGCGGUUCCCUUUUCUUUCUUCCUUGCGUAGCGACUUUUUACUGGUAUUUUCUAUUUUUAUUAUAAGCUAGACACAAGCCCCCCAAGAAUUCCAGACAUUCAACAGCGUUUCUUCAUGUUUUGACGUUUUGACGGUCUGUGAGCUCUUGAGUGUUUGGUUCGAAGUGGCUUCUUCGGCUCCGGUGCGGAGUAGACUUUCUGUAGUUAAACAUUGCGCCGCUCGGAGAUAUCAGGUGUUUACGAAACUCACAGGAUGAGCUCAUAAAUCGAAUGUAAAUAAAUGCUGGCGGCGGCACUGAAGAACGAAAACCCCCCCGCAUCCACGUGCUUGGCUCCGUCGUCCACGCCCUAUUUUAACAUGUCUCCAUCCGACUGG